GUGAUCCUCACGGCCAGUGGUAUCAUCGCAGUCCUGUAUGGAUACCACGAGCAGUCCUUCGAAAAGUCCAUGAUCGUCUUUGGAGUGGGCGCGGCAAUCACCUUCCUGUUGACUCUUCCGCCCUGGCCCUUCUAUGCGAAGGAUCCUGUCAAGUGGCUCCCAGCUGACUCAUCAAGUCAAGCAAAAUAA